CCUCUUUGACGACUCUUCAUCUCUCUUUCUCUCACCGAUGGCAACCCCAGCUCGCAAAGGCGGCAUCUCCCUCCCGGAGCGGCGGAACCCUAAGAAGGACGACGGCGUCCUAACCAAGAUCUCCCAGUCCACAAUCGUCGCCAAGGGCAAGCAGUACAGUUCCGACACCAUGUUCGUGACCAAGAAGCUGCUCAAGAGCACCGGCAAGGCCGCCUGGAUCUUCGGCACCACCUUCCUCAUCCUCGUCGUGCCUCUCAUCAUCGAGAUGGACCGCGACCAGCAGCUCACCGAGCUCGAGCUCCAGCAGGCCAACAUCCUCGGCACCAAGUGA